CCCUGUACUUCUAGGGAAGAUCCGGCGCGAAAGCUUUCAAUAUCUAAUCCGUACAUACAUCAUCGCUUCAUGGGCCGAACUUUUCUAACCUAAUUGAUUCUCACGUCGCAACCGCACGUUUGAUGGCCCAACAUGUCUUCCCAAGCUGAACCAAGCGAAGAUCCAUGGAAUAAAGAUACGAAGCGCAAAUUCCAGAAUAAAUCCAAGAGCGAAUUCUUUGACCCUUGUCAAGAAGCCGCAGCAAAAAGUAUCCGAUGUCUGAACCGAAAUGGGGGAGAUAGGCAAAUGUGCACCGACUACUUCGAGGCAUACCGUGCUUGCAAAAAGGAAUGGACCAAUAAAAGGAAGAGGGAAGGUGGCAGCAUAUUCUUUGGCCCAUCUAAGUCUACAUGACUUGAGGUUUUACGUGAAAGUCUUAAACUCCGGCAGACGUUUGGGGGGUUUGAACUGAGGCAGCAAGGUUUAUCGUUUUGCUAUUGAUUACUUAGGUACCUACCUGGGUACCUAUGUAAGAAAUAGUUGUAAUAAUAUCUGUAAAACAGAGGACAGAGAGACUACAUACACGAACAAAGAACAUGAAGGUGUAGUAACUCACACAUUUUUAUGUAUAUGCCGUUCUAACAGAUUUAUG